CUGCAAGUAUUGAUAUUUCCCACACAUGCGUACUGGCCAGCACGGGGAAUGUACACCGCUACCGGCGCAUUAUUCACGAGACGACCAAUAUUGCUCUAGUCUAGGAAUAUUCUCGAAAGGAUUUUAACCAACUAGCUUUCUUUAGAUUGGUAGACAAUGUCCGACAUCUUCUUGGCUCUGCCUGGUGCAACGGUUGACGGCAGUGUUCUAUUCGGGAAGAACGCGGACCGACCGGUGUCAGAAGUACAAGAGGUCAUAUAUGUCCCCCCAUCUGACCACGACGCCGGAGGGAAGCUUCACUGUACAUUUAUCGAGGUUGACCAGGUCUCCCACACGUAUGGGGCAGUACUCAGCAAACCGGCUUGGGCGUGGGGGGCCGAGAUGGGAGCGAAUGAGAAUGGCGUCUGCGUCGGCAGCACGGCGGUGUGGACCAAAUUGUGUCAUCCAGGCGACCACGCAGAAAAACUAAUUGGUGUAGAUUUUGUAAGACUGGGCCUUGAGAGAAGUAAGUCCGCCAAGGACGCCCUUGAUGUGAUCACAGGACUGCUGGAGCGCUAUGGACAGGGUGGGCCAUGUGCAGAGGACCACAGCUUCAGUCAGUGGACAUACCACAGUAGUUUCCUCAUCGCUGACCGCUCAGAGGCGUGGGUUCUGGACACAGCUGGACAGUUCUGGGCAGCUCACAAGUUGACAAGCGGUACCUACAACAUCUCAAGCACUCUUACUAUCGGUUCGGACUUUGAUGCCAGCUCCAGUGGUCUCCAGGAGCAAGCAAAGGCGGAGGGAUAUUGGAAAUCGGAGGACGGGAACUUCAACUUCACCAACGUGUUCGGGGGUACUUUCACUGGAAUGUCGCUGUCCGAGGCUCAGGUUGCCACCAACAGACUGCAUAAGGGGAAGGAACUCUUGGAGGCAGCCUCAAACGAAGGUAAGCUGAACCAGAACGACAUUUUCAACAUACUGCGUGAUGAAGGAAGUAGCAUCAACUUCAGUGGCGAGUUGCAGACAAUGUCAAGUCAGGUCAGUCUCCUCCGCCCGGAGGGGUCAAAGUCCAUGGAUAUUCACUGGUUCACAGCCACGCCUAACCCAAGUCUUUCAGUUUUCAAGCCUUUCUUGUUCUCUCCUGAACCUUCGCUCGGAAAUUUUACCGUUUCUCCUAAUUAUGGUGACAAGGCCCGGUCAAGUUUUCAAACUGCCGUUGAUAGGCGCCACCUGUUGUUCAAAGCUCAUGAGAAGGGUAGAGCACUCAUGGAAAGCGACACACCUGCCGGUAAGAAAUUGCUCAAGACCAUGCAGAGCUUGGAAACGGAUUGCCUCCAGGAUACCCGGGAGUUUGUUCAGGAUAUCGACGACAGCAAGCUGCAGGAAGUCAAUGAUCUUUUUAACGAUUUCUGUGAAACUGAAGUGAAAUUUUAUAGAUAAGUGACUGUUUGGCGAUCUACCACAGAGGGGCGGUGGGUAGCCUAGUGGUUAAAGCGUUGGUUCGUCACGCCGAAGACCAGGGUUUGAUUCCCCACAUGGGUACCAUUUGUGAAGCCCUUUUCUGGUGUCCACCGCCGUGAUUUUGCUGGAAUAUUGCUAAAAGCGGCGUAAAACCAUACUCACUCACUCACCUACCACAGCUUUCUAGAGCCCCGCAUCCCGUGCAUAAACGCGUUUGCGUAUGUUACUGUCUUAACCUGGCCAACUCACCAACCCAAAGAGAACACUAGCAUCACCCGCUAAUGAAGAGGAGACAGACAUCAAUACCAAACAAAAAAAUUAAUGUAAAAUACUCUCGCAAAUAUUGUCAUUAUGUUAAAGAAGGCAACUUGCUACAAACAAGAAAAGAAACCAAAGCAUAUCAAAGCGUUGCACCGCUUUAACGUGUGUGUAUGUGUGGUUGCCAGUAUUCAGGUUUUAUGCAUUCCAUUUUGUUUUAUAUAUGAGCAUCACAACUUUCAUCCCAAAUGGUUCUGAUGGGAAUAGAGUAUGUGACAUAUUGCCCAGCCUACUUGGAGCCCAACAACAGGUGUCUGUGUCAGUACGUAUGCCUCGGCCAGCACAUCUCAGUGUUUUCUGUCGUUUGAUCAUAGCAGGUCAGAAGUAACCAUGCGCCAAGCAAUCUACAAAUAUUUCCAACCAUUCUUGACCUCGACCCUACAGAGAGACUACAUUGAAGGUUAUGUCAAGGCUGACGUGAGAGACGACAAACACCCCCCACACAAGGACACCCACCCGUCAUGUGAUGUUAUGACCGCUGACCGCUGACCACUGACCGCUGACUGUUGACCACUGACCGCUGACCGCUGACCGUUGACCACUGACCGCUGACCGUUGACCACUGACCACUGACCGUUGACCGUUGACCGCUGACCGCUGACCGCUGACCACUGAGCGCUGACCACUGACCGCUGACCGUUGACCACUGACCACUGACCGUUGACCACUGACCGCUGACUGCUGACCGUUGACCGCUGACCACUGACCGUUGACCACUGACCAUUGACCGCUGACCGUUCACCACUGACAGUUGACCACUCACCGCUGACCGCUGACCAUUGACCGCUGACCGCUGACUGUUGACCACUGAUCGCUGACCACUGACCGCUGACCACUGACCGUUGACCUUUGACCACUGACCGUUGACCACUGACCGCUGACCAAUGACCGUUGACCGUUGACCACUGACCGCUGACCGUUGCCCGUUGACCGUUGACCACUGACCGCUGACCGCUGACCGUUGACCGCUGACCACUGACCGUAUGACCGCUGACCACAUGUCAUUCACUCAUCAUUACAGGUCAGGCAAAGUAGGAAAAACAAUGACAGUUGAAAUAUAUGCUUCAUAUCAAUCUGUUUUCCCAAUUCUCGGACACAUGAUAUUUAUACUUUAAAAUUUGAAAUGUAUACAACACCCUUGUUGUGGACAGGCUAUGUAUCUGACUAACAAAUAGACCUGGUAGGGUAAGUCUAGCUAUGUGUCUGUGGUAUGUCUACAUAGUAAGUCCUGCAUUGACACAUUAAUGUUUUCACUUUGUGACCUUGGUGUGAGACUGUGAUAUAACUACGAUGCAAGGAUCUCCACACAAAUCUUUCUUACAAUACAGUCUGUGUAGAGUCCAUCGUCAUCGUUAGGCUAUUGAGGAUGUUUGAGGCCUGUGAGACGUCGUAGUUGACGAAGUAACCUCGCUGCGGUUGACAUUUGCAGCCGCUGCCUGUAGUCACCGCCAGUCGCAGCUGUAUCACAAUAACACGGUGUGUAAGUAAGUGUUACUUGUAAGUUACAUGUGAAAGACGUGAACCUACAGCCAUAAUCUUAACUUCUCCAGUCCAAGUUAAAUGGAGCUGGAGUCUUAAGCAACCAGGCCUCCAUAUAUAUUCCUAACUACCGAAUCCCAUAUUAUUUUCUGGAUUGGUUAUUUGUUAUAAAGAAAAACGCAAUUACAUUUCAAGAGAAGCAAGCAAUAGUGUCCAUUACCGAAUGACCUGGACGAAAAGAGCUUGCUUUAUGUAUACUAGUAUGUGUGCAAUCCCUUGUAUCGGGUGUCGUGAAGUAUACAACUUAUGUUGGCUUAACAAUGUACCAAGUGUUGCCGAACAUAACAAACACUAUACUUGGGAAAUAUCUUCCUGGGUGACUGUAGUGUAGUCACAUGUAGCCUUGCACCUUGAACACGACCUGUGUGUGUUGUUAAUUCGUUCUUCACUGAAUGUUGGCUUAUACCGGGCUAUCGCAGAUCGAUUGACUGACUUGAAAUUAACCUGAAGUGGCUUGGUGUGUUCUUCUAGUCGCGUCCAUAGUUCCCUGAUACAAGCUUUUAUGAUGUAUAUCUAUGAACUAUUUCUUAUAAGGCUAUUCAAGUUGUAUAUAUUUGGUAAUUUUCUUGAUUUGGUUAUGGCGGCAAAAGUCAACUAACUGCAAGUUCUAGGUUGGCUUUUUACGCUGUUCGCAGUACUAUUGUAAGCUUCCAUCGAAAUAAAUGCUUCUCAGAUGUC